AUGGUGGAAAGGGGUCACUUUGCAGAGCUGGAGAGCCUGCUGGAAAUGCUCCACACCACACACUUCAACCCCAAAAGACAAGCUUUUGUAUUCUCCGCUACGCUCACCCUGUCCUACGCUCUUCCCACACGCAUCUUGCAGAAGAAGAAGAGGGUGGAUAAGCGCAGCAAACUGGAAAUCCUCAUGGACAAAGUGGGCAUCAAGACCAAACCAAAAGUCAUUGACCUGUCCAGGAAGGAGGCGACGGUUGAAACGCUCACAGAGACUCAGAUCCAAUGUCAGAAAGAGGACAAGGACUACUACCUGUACUACUUCUUACUGCAGCAUCCCGGGCGCACUAUGGUGUUUGCAAACAGCAUCGACUGCAUCAAAAGGCUCAAGUCCAUUCUGACCAUCUUGGACUGUACAUCCUUUUCCCUGCACGCCAACAUGCAGCAGAAACAUCGUCUGAAAAAUUUGGAAAAAUUUGCUGACCGGGAGAGGUUCCCAGGACGUCCGAGACGUAUGUCCACCGUAGCGGCAGAACGGCAAGAGCUGCCAAACAGGGGCUAUGUUUGUUGCUGA